UCGCAAAUCUUACCUUUUACUUUUGAAUUGCGGUAUAAUUUCUUACAAACAUUUACGAAUUGUAAUAUAUAAUUGUAUAUACGUGUAUAAAUAAAACUUCGUUUAAUCAUUGCGCUUGCCAAAUAAUGUGAGCUGCGUAACCUUACGUUUAUAAUCUUAGGACAGAGAAGUACAGAGUUCCACACCGCUUUUAUUUGCUAGUAGAGAAACCAAAAUGGAUAUUUUAGAAAAACUGUAUAUAAAUAUAAAACGACAGGUCACAAAUUUGCCUGCAUCCCUCACAAGUACUGUGGAUUUAGUCAAUAAAUCUAUGAACCAAGUGAGAAUACCACCUCUUACGAAGGACAACAUACUAUAUUACUAUAUGCCAAUACAAGGCCUGGUUAGUUACACAACUCUAUCUGUUAGUGUUAUGAACCCGCAAUUAAUAACUAGAUUGUUUCCUCGUCGUGACAUAACAGAUGUGUUAUUCCUCUCUGCGGGUGGUGGUGCAGGGCUCUGGUUGUGGUCGAGACCUCACAUUGCUACGGCAGCUCCUGCAAGAAGAUUCUCCUGGGCAUUCCUGGGUGGUUGUCUAUGGCCCCUUGGCUCCAUCUUCAUGUGGGCUAUCCUAAGAAGUUCUAUUGGCCAUAAACCAUUUAUUGGUACAGUGCUUGGCCUUACAACUGGUGGCAUGCUCACAAACAUUGCUUUAGAUUAUUUUCAGUAUGUAGAACUGAUGUUCUGUGGAGAAUUGCAUGUCCCCGAUGACCCAUACAGCCCUAACAGUGAUGAUGAAAAAUAUGACAUUGACAUGUAAAAGGCAUAAAUAUACUAUGCACAAAAAGCAAUAUUUUAUAGAAAUUUAUCACUAAACCUUCACUUAGUUGAAAUAUAAGAAAAAGUAAUUUUUAAACUUUUAAAUUAUUCUAUUCUAUUUAAGUACUUAUAAAAUAUUUCACUUGUAUGCUUGUGGUGUCUAAAAUGUGUAUCUAGUCUGGGUAUGAAUUGCUUAAAUAAAAAUCUAUGUUUUGAUUGUUUA